AUGCGAUGCGCGAGCAAGGCCGCCGAGAGCGCGUCUGCACGUCUCUGUGCGGACGCCGAAGCAGAAACUACAGCAACUGAUGUCCCAUCGGUUGCUGAAUCGACUCAGCCUGUAUCACCUGGUGAUGCAGGCGCUGGUCAUGAAGACACUCGUGUCUUCACAGAGUACGAGCUCGGUGUCUCGUACUCUCCUGAUACGGAUGACGGAUCCGUAUCGACGGCAAUUGAAUCCAAGCCGCCUGCCAAGCGUGGCAUGGACGAUGCUUUGCGUCGCAGCAUCUUUGGUUCAUCUGAUGAGUCAGAUGAACCAUCGCCGAAGCGAAGGCGCUCGAGGUCGCGAGACUCGGGCGCUAAUAGUGGUGUCGUUUCUCCAAUGGACACCACUUCACAGCGAGGUGCCAGUACUUCUGUCGGCACGUCGCAGGAAGAGCGGGACCGCAAUGUGUUGCGUCUCGCUCCAGAAAAGAAGGCAUGGAUGCCUCCUAAAUCCGUCAUGGAUCACUUGUCGGCGACGACGAGUGAUCGUUAUCGAACACGAUUGUUCGAUUCGUCAGAAGGAUUCAUCACCUUGACCCCAGCGCGAAAGACUAUCGCGCUGAACAUGAGUUCUUCAUCGAUGCUUUCUUCAGACAUCGAUGGUACAGUGGGAAUCACAAACGUGAUGGUCCCUCACUACUUCAGGCGUGGAACGCCUACAUCCAUAAUCUCGAGGAUGUAG